AUGUGGCGAAAGCUUGUGUGUCCGGCGAUUUGCCCUAUUGUCCAUGCGGCCUCAAUUCACCGACCGCUUCCGCUGAUGCCACCUAUAAGUGGAAGGGAUGUAGCGACAACGUGCUUUAUGGACAGCGAGUCAGUCGUGAAUGGGCAGAUGCUUCGUGGCGCAAAAAGUGGCGAUCAGGUAACGCGACUGCUGCUUCGAGACGACAUCAUCGAGUAUGAUCUCUGCAUUGACACGAACGAAUACAUGUCGAAUAUACGCGGACAUGACAAGACAACAAGCGCCUCGUCGCUUUAUCGCUCGUCGUUGUUGUUCAUCCGUCGUCGCGUCGAUCCACCGUCCACCGUUGCUAAAAUCGUGGAAAUGAUAAAGGUGUCUUUCAAGGAGCUUCUCGAUGACAGCUGGACAUACAUUAACAGCGAUUUCUCGGAGCGUAAAUCAACAGCCGAUCUUCCACCGCGUGCACGAAUGAAUGAGCACAAUAAUGAAGUUGGCCGCCAGGUAUAA